ACACACAUAUAGCGCUAUCCUAUCCAAUACAUGAAUGAUCCUUCAAUUUCUGCAUAGCCUUUUUCAAAUAUCCCAACAUCAUAACAAGAAGCAUCAAAGCCUUUGAUACAAUGUCCCAAGAUACUAUGAAAGCCGUUGUUUUUCACGGUACUCUGGAUGUUCGACUUGAGGAUCGUCCCAUCCCCAAAAUCGUUGAUCAAACCGACGUAAUUGUCAAAGUUAAAUAUUCGGCACUAUGUGGAAGGUCAGUUACCUUGACGUGUAAGGCUCUACAUGUGAGGUUGGAGAUUGACAUAUUCUUACAGUGAACUCCACGUUUUUCGAGGACACCAAGCCUCUAAAACAGGCUUCAUCAUGGGUCAUGAGACUACAGGUACAAUUGUUGAAUUGGGUAGCGACGUAAAGACACAUAAGAAAGGCGAUUUGAUCGUCAUGCCCUUUACCGUGUCUUGUGGUGAAUGUUUUUAUUGCACGAGAGGAUAUUCCUCGCGAUGUGAGAAAUCCUUGUUGUUCGGAUGUCCUUUACUUGAUGGUGGUCAGGCUGAGUACAUGAGAGUACCAUUGGCAGAUACCACGGCUGUAAAAGUACCUGGUGGUAUUGAUGAGGAAAAGUUGGUUUUGAUGGCGGACAUCUUUCCCACUGGAUAUUUCGCGGCUAGAAACGCUUUUGAUGGAAUGUCACCAGAAACCAUAAGCAACAGUGUUGUGGUUUUAAUUGGGUGUGGGCCAGUUGGUCUUUGUGCGCUGAUCAACGCUUUGGAGUAUAAACCGAAAUUCGUGAUAGCCAUUGAUCGUGUGGAAAGUCGGUUGGAAUUGGCCAGGAAGUUGGGCGCUGAACCUUGGAAUGACCAGACGAAUAAAGAAGGAUUGACGCAGCGAGUGAAGGAAUUGACUGAUGGACGAGGCGCCGAUUGCGUAAUUGAGGGAGUGGGUCAUGCAGAUGCGUUGAGAACUGGAUUCGACUUAUUGCGGCCGUGGGGAAACAUCGCGAGCUUUGGUACGUUGACCUAUUGACAGCUUAGCUUAAGACAAAUCUCUCUGCUAAUCAGCCGCAAACUACAGGUGUGCAGCAAGAGGACAUUCCUUGGUCAGGAAGCGAGGCGUAUGGGAAAAAUGUGAAAUCACAGUUCGGAAGAUGUCCUGUUCGAAGUGUUUUCCCUCAAGCUAUGGAAGUUCUGAAAAAGAAUCAGCAUAAACUCGAGUAAGUUACUCGAUCUCGGUGACUCCGGCCUUAGGAUUCUAACAGAAUACAGCUUCAUGACUAAUAAAAUCAUGCCAUUAAGUCAAGCGGUGGAAGGAUAUGAUAUUUUUAAUAAAAUGCAAGUGCACAAGGUGAUAUUUGAGCCCGGACAUUGAUUCCCUUCAUCGAACAAAUCUUUUUUCAUGGUUUAAUACAAGACCAGUUUUCAGUGAUGGGAGUAGUGUGAUUUAGUGUUGUGGUGUCUGAUACUGAAGCAAUGGGUAUUACAUUGAUACAUUUAAACAAUAAUGCUAUGUCCCACAGUACAUAUCCACUGUAAUAUAUCCAACUGUCCAUUCGAGUUACUGGAAUCCAUAUAUUGAGUGGAAUAUACCAAUUCGGGAAAGGAAUUUAAAAUACUCCAACGAAAAUAGUUUCUA